ACUUCUUCCACCACUGCAGAUUUGAGUGCUGCUGUCUCUUUAAGGAGGCAGGGGUUUCAAAGAACGUGACGUCGCGCGUGAGGUGCGUAACUCAAGACCGGGAACAGGUUGUGCACGUUCACUUCUAGGCAAACGGUAAACUUCUACAUAUCACAGUCCUUAAGUGUUGCUGUCAUGCCUGCUAAAAAGACCACCACCAAGAGGAAGUCUGAUGCUAUUGUGGAGGAUAAUGGAGACCUCAAGAAAGUGAAAGUUUCCCACAGGAGUCAUGGCAAGGAGGCAGGCCAGGUUCUUGUUCUGGGUCAGGGUGAUGUUGGGCAGUUGGGUCUAGGCGAGGACAUCAUUGAGAGGAAGAAACCGGCCCUUGUGUCCCUGCCAGAGAAAAUUGUGCAAGUGAUAGCUGGAGGCAUGCACACUGUGUGCCUCAGCGACACUGGCCAUGUCUACACUUUUGGGUGUAACGACGAAGGGGCCCUUGGUCGGGACACAACAGGGGAGGGGUCUGAAAUGGUUCCAGGAAAGGUGACACUGGAGGAGAAGGUGGUCCAGGUGUCGGCAGGGGACAGCCACACAGCUGCACUCACAGAGGAUGGAACCGUAUACAUGUGGGGCUCCUUCAGGGAUAACAAUGGUGUUAUAGGUCUCCUGGAGCCCAUGAAAACUUGUACCAUUCCAGUCAAAGUCCCCAUGACAGAACCUGUUGUGAAAAUUGCAUCAGGUAACGACCACCUGGUGCUGGUUACACUGGAGGGAAAUCUUUACUCAUCGGGCACUGCAGAGCAGGGGCAGCUGGGAAGAGUGCCUGAGCAUUUUUCAGAUAGAGGAGGCAGGAAAGGCCUCAGCCGGUUGCUGGUACCACAGAUGGUAAAAGUCAAAGGGAAAGUUCACUUCAUAGAUGCCUUCUGUGGGGCGUACUUCACCUUUGCUGUGUCAAAAGAGGGACAUGUUUAUGGAUUUGGCCUCUCCAACUAUCACCAGCUGGGCACUAAAAGCAUCAAGACGUGUUUUGUUCCAAUAAAACUGACAUGCUUCAAGAACUCUACCACCUCCUGGGUGGACUUCUCUGGAGGACAACAUCACACACUCUGCCUUGAUGCUGAAGGGCAGGUAUAUAGCCUAGGCAGAGCAGAGUAUGGUCGUCUUGGUCUGGGCCAAGGGGCUGAAGAGAAGAGUGAGCCCAUGCCUGUGAUGGGGAUGGAGCCAGCCAGUGGAGUGGCAUGUGGGGCGUCUGUCAGCUACGCUGUCACUAGAGAAGGAUCUGUGUACGCCUGGGGCAUGGGCACCAACAUGCAGCUUGGCACAGGAGAGGAGGGCGACGAGUGGAGCCCCGUAAAGAUGACAGGCAAGCAGCUGGAGAACCGCGCAGUACUGAUGGCCUCCAGUGGAGGGCAGCACACAGUCCUUUUGGUCAAAGACAAGCAGGAGAGCUGAUGUCCAUCUCAGGCAAAGAAUGAUGGGGGAUCUUUUGAUCUGUUUCGAGGUGGGGCCUUGUUCAUGAUGCCUAAAUCUAGGGAUGGGGGUUAAUCUAUAUGUGACUUCCUGUGCUGAGCCGAGGGAGUGUGAGAGGUGCCAGGGCCCUUUUUAUGAGAACUCUUCUCUUCCUGAUGUGGGGGAAAAUGUUCACGGAUGUUCGGUAGAUCAUGAAAAAUGAGAGACUAUUUUUUUUAAUCUAGUUUUUGAUGUUCUCUUUGAAUUCUUUUCAUUAAAAGUCAUUAGUGUGACUGUAAGAGGAUGUAUGUGGUGUUUGUGAAUGCAACUAUUUGCAUGGACGUAAAGGAAAUGAGUGCAAGCCUUUUAAUGACUUCCCCAAACAAUAGUCUUUUUUAAAGCUGUUUUUUUUUUUUUUUCUUUAAAGCAAUAAUUCCAUUGACCUUGGUUCAGACAGGACAUUUAUACUGCAUGAGUUUAAUAUGUGAGACUACUGUUCAUUUUACCUAGAGCACACAAUUGUUGCAACGAUUUCGACAUUUGGUAACACUUCAUACUGUAUCCUGCAUUUUGUUGCUUCUCCUGUCUGAAAAUAAAGAUGACAUUUUAAGUU